AUGGCCUCCGCAUCAUCAUCGAGGGCUUUAAACGCGAUAUUACCUCAGAUACCCACCGCUCCUUACGAAGCUCAUCAGAAAGCCAGGACGUUCGCUUCGAGAUACGUGAAAUCGGGCCAAUAUGACACCGCCAUCGACGUGUUGUUCCAGAGUGCAAGAGAGCUCCUCAGGACUGGCCAGCCAGGCAGCGGUGUUGAUCUGACGGGGUUCAUGCUAGAUGUUUACGAAACUAAAGGGGAGACUGUCUCCGAAGAGAGCAGAGCAAGGCUCACACAGUUGAUCGCAAUGACAGGCCCAACAGGGGGCUGGAGGAAGACUAUCAUUGAUAAAUCGAUAGCGUGGUCCGCUAAACAUGGCCCAUGUCCCGCAGGCGAUCCUGACUUGCACCACUAUGUCGGUGAACUGCUCUACAAAGAGGGCGCGUUUGAAAGUGCAGAGGUCCACCUUUUAGCCUCGGGAAAACGCGACAGUGCGCGACUUCUUGCGGAGAUGUUUGUUCAAUGGUCAUCCGCAAGUGGUGCAUACGGUGUCUUCGCUCUAAGGGGCAUUAUUCCCUAUCUUCAAAAUGGCAACAUUUUGGCAGCACGCAUAUUUAUCAAACACCUCACGUCCGCUCUCCCCUCUAAUCUUACCUCUGGUGCUUCUUCAAUACCCGUAGGGGACACCCACGAGGUGACGCUAACAAAGGAUCCUAUCGUGAACUUCUCGCAGAUGGCAGUUCUGACAUGUCAACGCGCACAAGGCGACAAGAAUAAGGUCAUGAGGGAAAGCUGGGUCCGCCUUUGUGGUACUUACCAGAGCAAAGGGGGUCUUCUCGCUUCCAAGGAAGUUCGCCAAGCCCUGAGUGAACUUGGCAACCUUUAUUUUGCUAUUCCUCCUCCUCGUGGUCAAGCUCCCAACCCGCUUGGAGAAAUGAUGUCAUCCUUGUUCGGCGGUGCUCCUCAAGGCCAGCCAACGAGGAGGACGUUGGCGCCUGCGAACAGUGUACCAGCUGGUUUAGAUUAAGUUUUUUGCUUUUCCAGCUGUCUCAUGUCGUGUAAUAUUGUAUGAUGACGAAUAUCAAAUUUGAAACGACAUUCCAGUAUGUCAGGCAUC